AAGAUCGACACUACAGCACACCAAACCUUCCUCUCACCGCAUUAAACUGAUAACGGUCAACUUUAGUUGAGAUAACUGUUAACGUUAAUGAGAUUAGAGUCGGUGCACGCUGUUGUUAAACUCGUGUGUGUUUGAAGUGUGCGCUGUUGUGUGAUCGCGCGCGGUGGUUGCGCUGAGGGAAGAUGGCGCCGGCUUCUUCAGUGAACAGAUUAAUCCGCAGCUGUUAAUUCUUUUUCAUCUCAACCCGUGUGUUUCAGUUCUCUUUCUGUUCAUCAGUUUGUGUUCGACUGUUUGUUUGUUUGUGUUGUGUUGGGCUGCUGCUUCUGUUGUGGUGAUGUCGGACUCAGAGGAGGAGAUUCAGGAGCGACAACUGAAGAUCGUGCUGCUAGGAGACGGAGCGUCUGGAAAGACAUCUCUCUCCACCCGCUUCGCACAAGAGGCUUUUGGGAAACAGUAUAAACAGACGAUUGGGCUGGACUUCUUCCUCAAGAGAAUCACUCUGCCAGGGAAUCUGAAUGUGACACUACAGGUGUGGGACAUUGGAGGACAGACGAUUGGAGGAAAAAUGCUUGACAAAUACAUCUAUGGAGCACAGGGUGUUCUCCUGGUGUAUGACAUCACUAAUUCUCAGAGUUUUGAGAAUCUUGAAGACUGGCUAAACAUGGUGAGAAAAACCAAUGAAGAGUCUGACACACAACCUGUGAUAUCACUGAUCGGAAACAAGAUUGACCUAGAACACAUGAGGACAGUAAAGAUGGAGAAGCAUCAGCGGUUCUGUCAGGAGAACGGACUCAUGAGUCAGUUUGUGUCUGCCAAGACUGGAGACUCUGCGUGUCUCUGUUUUCAGAGACUUGCAGCAGAGAUUUUAGGCAUUAAAUUGAGUAAAGCAGAGAUGGAGCAGUCACAGCAUGUGGUGAAAGCAGACAUAGUGAACUACAGUCAGGAGUUGGUGGCGCGAGCGGUCAAUCCUCCACGCAGCUCCAUGUGUAGUGUACAGUGAUCACAGGACAUCAUCAUCUGAAACGCUAAACUCACACUUCUCAGCUGAUUCAUUCCAUUCAAAACACAUGCUUCUACAAUUCCUCUUUAACUUUGUAAAGGAAGCUCUAUCUGAGCUUUACAUGUGUAACUUCCUUCAUCACAUUAUAGACGUGAUUGUUGGUGAUCAUGAGGAGCUGAUGAAUGAGACGGACACUGAGAAACCACAUUAUUAUAAAAGAUUUGUAUGAUUCAGAUCGAGCCAAACCCUGGUGUGUGUGUGCACGUGUGUGUGUGUGUGUGUGUGUGUGUGUGUGUGUGCGUGCGUGCUGAUAGAUAAAUAAUUAUGACAUAAUCACAGUAUUUCUUAUGGACAGAAUAAUUAUAAAAUAUACUGUUAACAAAUGAAAAAGCGUUUAUGUAUUUUUCUUUUUUUUCUCUUUUUUAAACUUGCUUUAUAUUUGUUGAACUGCAAAUCAUUACAUGUGUUAAUUUCUUCACAGAUUUAAAUGUGAAUGUUUUCUUAUUUUUGAUUUGAUGUAUUGCUUCAGACAUUUUGGUAUUUCCUCAGACAGUUUACUAUGGUAUACAGUAUUAAGUAGUUAUGCUUUUUAUUCGCAACUUGUGGAAGUUUGACCACACUGUAAAGCAAUACCUUCUUUUUUCAGGUUGACAUUUGGUUCGGACCAGAAAGAAUAUCACUACAGAUAGGGGUCUUUUCAAACAGCUUAAUGGCUGAUGUUUGAUGUUUAUGACAUUUCUUUGGACCAAUAAUCAGCAGUAAAGUUGGACAGAGAACGACCGUGUUUAACACUCACAAACUGGCUGUAAACUGUGUUUGUGUCUUGUGUUUUCAUUUCCAUGUCAGGAUCCUCUCUGUAUAGAUUCAUUAUAUGAAUAUUUAUAUUUAAACACCGAAUGUACAAACUGCAUGUGUUGUAGAAUGAUGUCAGUUUAAAAAUAAAUGUCACACUUAA